CGAACUUAAGAUUUAGAAUGCGCGCCAAAGUAUGGGUAUAAAGAGUCCGAAGUUUAUAAUUAGAGAUUUAGCAAAGUAAAUAUACGAAUACAUGUUUUGAAAAGUUAUUAAUUAAAUUAUUAAACGAUGCCAUUAAUAAAGAAACCCAUGCGUUAUGCACAUCCUGAAGGACACACGCAUGUUUGUUAUUUUACGGGUGAAAAGGGAGGACUUGUUACUUGUGGAUCAGAUGGAGAUGUUAGAUCCUGGUUGAACUUGAUGGAUGAUGAUCCAGCUGCAAGCUGUGUCUCUGAACAGGCUAUAUCAGUUAUAUCAAAGAAUGGAAAAAUAUUUGUCGGCAAUGACAAUAAUAUUGUUCAAAUACUUAAUUAUCCUGAUCUUGAAAAAGAAGGAAUAGUCACUAGGUUUUCAGCCCCUGUAUCAGCAUUAGCAACAUCAAAAAAUAGUAACAUUAUAGUAUCAGGGUCUUGUGAUAUGAGAAUUCAAGUUACUGAUAUUAGUACAUCAAAUAACAUAGAGCUGUUAGGGCAUGAAGCUCCUAUAUUGGGUCUAUCAUUGGAUCCCAAAGAAGAAUUUGUGGCAUCAUCAAGUGCAGAUGGAUCAGUACGUGUAUGGAGUAUUAAACAAAAGAAAGCUAUAAAUAUUUGGCCUAAUAUUGUACCCAAAUGUAACUCAUUUUUUUUGGCUAAAACAUAUGGUGUACCCUCAUUUCACCCUAAAGAUGGAAGUUGUCUUGCAUAUCCAUCUUCAAGGGACAUAGUUAUAGUGGAAAGAUCUUCUUGGAAGGAAUUAUUUCGUUUAAAGUGCAUUAAUAUAAAAAGUGAAAUUAGUAUUUGUAAAUUUUCUGAAUGCGGUACAUUAUUAGCUGCUAGUUCAGUAAAUGGAGAAAUAAUUGUUUGGAAUACACAAACAAAGGAAUUAAUUGGCUAUAUUGAACACCAACAAAAUUCCAAAAUUACUGCAUUAUGUUGGAAUAUUGAUAAACCAGAUGAGAUAGCAUUCUGUGAUUCUUUGGGUCAAUUAGGAUGUGUAGAUGUGAUAUUCGAUGAUAAGUCAACAAGUAAUGUGCUAAAUGUAGAAACAAACGGAGAUAUUAGAGAUAAUGAUACUGAUAUGUUAGGAGAUGAUGAUGAUAAUGAUGAUGGAGAAAAUGUUAUAUCUUUAAGUAAAAUUAAAGCAUCAGUAGAUAAUGAAGAUGAUAAAAGUCAAUCUGAUGCAGCAUCUGAAAAAUCACAACAUGAUGUAAAUGUUCUUCCAUCUGAAAUUCAUUUACAACCACCAUUUCAACCUGGCUCAUCUCCAUUACAUUUACUAUCCCGUUUUAUGGUUUGGAAUGAUACUGGUAUGGUAAGAUGUUUUACUUCUGAAGAUGGUGAUGAAUGUAGUAUUGAAGUAGAGUUUCAUGAUGUGACGAUCCAUCGUAGUAUGCAUAUUAAUAAUUACUUAAGGCAUACAAUAGCAGCUUUAUCAUCCCAAGCAUUGGCACUAAAUUGUCCAUCAAGUAGUGAUACACAAAGUAAACUUGUUGUAAUAUCAUUACAAGGCUGGGGGUCUGGAAACAAAGAAUGGUCGUUAAAUCUUCCUGAGGAUGAGGAAGGACAAUGUAUCGCUGCUGGUGAUAAUUUCGUAGCACUUGCAACGUCUAAGAGAUAUUUAAGAAUUUUUACAGUCGCCGGAACGCAGCGUGAAAUGAUAGCUUUACCAGGUCCUGUGGUGGCAAUGAAUGGACUCAAAAAUAAUCUAGUGGUUACUUAUCACAGUGGGAUAGGAGUGUCAGGUGAUCAAUGCAUGAAUUUACUAUGGAUUCAAAUUCGUAGAUUGACCUUACAUAGUCAAACGCUAUGUCUCCCAUUAUCACCUUCAUCAGAACUUAUGUGGUUAGGACUUUCUGAUCUUGGAUCUCCAGUUUUAAUGGAUGCUGAUGAUAUUAUUAAAGUUUAUAAUAAAAGAUCUUCUUUGUGGAAAGUUGCUAGUAAUAUGAAUGGGCAGUCCAAGGGUAAAGCAGAUCAUUAUUUUAUAAUUGGAAUUUCUGAGCAACACGGUAUGGCGCGUUGCGUUUUAUGCAAAGGAAGUCAUUAUCCCCCAACUACACCGCGUCCUGUCAUCGCAGAAACAUCAUUAACUCCACCGCUUUGUGAAUUUGAAAGCGAAAAGACAGAAAAAGAAUUGAAAUUAUGGAAGUUGGGAAGUGAUCCAUUAGAAGAAGAUGAAGCAAUGCUGUCUCUUAUUGCGCUCGCUUGCCAGAGCAAUUUGGAAUAUCGAGCAGUAGAACUUUGUGAACAAAUGGCAUCAGAGAAGGUUAUAGAAUUAGCAAUUAAAUAUGCACGAAGAAUAAACCGAAUAGCUUUAUCUAAUAAAUUAGAAUCAAUUGCUGAUAUAAAAGAGGAAGAAAAGGAAAAAGAAGUAGAGAAUAAGAACAACGAUGAAGAAGAAAUAAAAAGCGACAAUGAACUUCUAGAUAAUGAUCUUAAUGCAUCAACAAUCUUAUUACCUAUUAAAAAGCCAGAUAUAGAAAUUAAGCCCUUAUCGAUGAGUGAAACGUUAUCAAUGAAAAGAAAUAAUCCAUUUUUAAAGAGCGGAAAUUCUCCAACUGUAAAAGGAUUAGCUGGAUUAGAUAUUACAUUGGAUAAACCACAAAAACCGGCACCAUUUAUAGUUUCAAAACCGAAGGCGAAACAAGCAAAAGAUGCACCGAAGAAAGAAACAUUUGUUAGUUGGUACGCUAAGAACAAGAAAAGUUUACAGGAAGAGUUUCCUGAAUUAAGUCCUGCAGAUUUAACAAAGGCUGCUUUGGCAAGAUACAAAGAAAAGGAGGUGAUCCCAAAUCGUAAUACGCCUGAAUCUUCGGAAUCGAAAAAGAGGAAAUUGAGCCCUGAAGAUCAUACACCAUUAGAUGUUGUUCAAAAUGCUAUGGGCGUUAUGGGCCUGUGGCACAUCGUCAUUGCUGUAGCACUUUCUCUAGUAAAAUUUCCUGUAGCUUGGCAUCAACUUUCAAUUAUAUUUCUUGCACCACCGACCAAUUUUUCAUGUGCUGCACCAACAUCAAUGACUAAUGAAUCUACAAUAAUGAAAUGUUAUAUAGAUGUAGGAAAUGGUACUAUGGAAAAAUGUACAAGUUUCAAAUACGACAAGCGUAUAUUUAAGGAUAGCAUUAUAACUCGCUGGGACUUGGUCUGUGACCGUGAGCAAUUAGCAAAUUUUUUACAAUCUUGUAUAAUGUUUGGAGUUCUUGUUGGUAAUUUAGUCUUCAGUAUAAUGGCUGAUAGAAUUGGUAGAAAGAAACCCUUGAUGAUUGCAAUAGGACUGCAAUCAAUAACUGGAAUUAUAAGUGCAAUUGUUCCAUGGUAUGAAUUAUUUGUAAUAUUCAAAUUUAUUUCUGCUGUAGCUACAGGUGGUACUAUGCUUGUUAGCUUUGUUUUACUUAUGGAGAUUGUAGGAGUAGAAUGGAGAUCAACUAUGUCGGUUCUUUUCCAUGUGCCAUUUUUACUUGGUCACCUAAUGAAUCCUUUAAUUUCAUACUUAACACGUACAUGGGAUGGUUUUCAAAUGGCAGUUUCUAUACCAUCAAUAUUUUUAUUGUCAUACUACUGGAUUAUACCUGAAUCACCAAGAUGGUUACUUGCCGUUGGUAAAUUAUCAAAAGCAGAACAAAUUUUAAUGAAAGCAGCUGGCAGAAAUAAAAUACCGGUAGAAAAUGUUAAAAUAGCAAUUGAAACAUAUGAAAGUAAUAGAGGAAUUCGUCACAAACAAAAUAAGGAGAAAUACAAUAUUACACAUUUGUUUAGAACACCAAAUCUAAGAUUGAAAACUAUUUGUAUAUGUAUUAAUUGGUUUGUUUGCGGUAGCUGUUUCUUUGGAUUAGCACAGUAUAUGGGUUACAUUGAUGGUAAUAUCUUUGUGAAUGUUGCCAUAUCGGCUGCUGUUGAAGUACCUGGCACUAUAGUAGUUUUACUUUUGAUAUCCCGUGUAUCGCGAUUAAAAAUUUUAAUGGGUGGUAAUCUAUUAUCUGCUUUAAGUUUACUUUCACUGACUGUGAUAACAAAUUCGGAUUAUACAGUAUUUUUAGCUACAUUAGGACUUGCAGGAAUGUCAUUUAGUUUUCCCACAAUAUAUUUAUAUAGCAGUGAAGCAUUUCCAACUGUAGUUAGAAACGUUGGAGUAGGUUUAGGAAGUGUUUGUGCUAGAAUUGGAAGUAUGAUUGCGCCCUAUAUUGCGACUAUGGGAAAGAUUGAACCUUGGUUACCACCAGUAAUAUUUGGAGUAGGACCUUUACUUGGUGCUCUAUUAUGCUUUUUCUUACCAGAAACAAUGAAUUGUGAAUUACCCGAAACCAUUGAGGAUGGAGAAAAUUUUGGAAAAAAGCAAACUAAAAGAAGUAGAACAAAGUAAUAUAUUUAUCAAACAGGAAGAAAAUAAUAUCGUGCUCAAAUUGCUCAACUUUUUCAACGAAACUAUAAUACUUUUUAAUUCACAUUUUUUUGUACUGUUAUACAUAUAUUUUAAUAAAUAAAAUUCUUAUAAAUAUAAUAAAUUAAACUCAAUUAAGUUUAAUAUUUGAAAAAUAUAAUUAUAACAUGGUACGUAUGAUGCUGUAAUUAAUAUUUUAGGGUAGUUUACUAAAUACUGCGUACAACAUUUUAAACGAAAUAGCUUUAUCACGUAUGUACAUUAUUAUUAAAAAUAAUUUUGCUAUACACUAUA